UUAAAACUCAAAAAUGUAAUACCUCCAUUGGAGUAUAGAGAAUUAUAGAUAGUAACAAAACACAAGGCAGAGGAGAAUGAUUAGCUCAACCGAAAGACUUUCAAUGGAGAAAGCAACUUUAUUUGUUGUUUUAUUUGUUUCACUGCACAUUCAGAAAGUUUACACCGCUGAAAUUGACAUGAUUUCAGAUUCAAGGUUCUUGACAGAAGCAGACACGUUGGUCUCCCCGGCCGGAAUUUUUAAACUUGGGUUUUUCAGGCCAGGAAGCUCUGAGAACAAAUACGUUGGUAUUUCUUACAAGAAAAUCUCUGUUGAAACAGUGGUUUGGGUUGCCAACAGAGACUUCCCAGUCAAUGGUUCAUCAUCCGGCAAACUGAGGAUCGUCUCUCCAGGAAAUCUCGUCCUCAUGAAAGGGAACGAUACAAAUGAUGUAAUCUGGUCAACCAAUACAACCUCAUCAGGUAACGUAACUGUACACCUUGAAGACAAUGGAAAUCUAGUUGUAAGAGAAACAAUAGAAGAGAAGAUUCUAUGGCAGAGUUUUGACUAUCCAACUGAUACUCUUCUACCUGGCAUGAAAGUAGGAAGAAAUUUCUUAACGGGUAAGGAAUGGACCUUGUCGCAAUGGAAGAGUAAUCAAGAUCCAGCUCCAGGUGAAUUCACAUGGAGCGCUGACACAAGCGGCUAUCCUCAGAUCAUACUAAAACAAGGCACAACAGUCAAGUUCCGAGGUGGACCAUGGAAUGAUGUUUGGUUUAGCGGAGAUUCUGCUUCCACUAGGAACAUCAUUACAGGAGAUAUGGUUAUUAAUGAAUCAGAGGCGUAUUACAGUUAUUCUCUUCUCAAUAGUUCUGUUAUCUCAAGGCUCGUCUUGAAUUCAUCUGGCCAGCUAGAACGUUGGGUGUGGGUUAAUGACGUGAAUAAAUGGCAGAUGUUCUUUCAGUUACAAAGAGAUUUCUGUGAUGGGUACAACAUCUGUUAUGGUUAUGGAACAUGCAGUGUUCUAACCUCACAAAGAUGUUCUUGUUUAGAUGCGAUAAGAUUCGUGCCCAGAAACGAGAAUGGAUGGGAGAUAACAGAUUGGUCGGGUGGUUGUGUGAGACGAACACCAUUGGAUUGCAAAAAUGGAACCGAUGGGUUUAUCAGGUACUCUAAUGUGAAGUUGCCUGAUACAGAGUCUUCAUGGUUUAACAUAAGCAUGAGUCUGAAUGAAUGUAGAGAAAAAUGCUUCAUGAAUUGUACUUGUAUGGCGUAUGCAAAUAUAGACAUUAGAGAGGGAGGAAGUGGGUGCUUGCUUUGGUUCGGUGAACUUUUGGACAUGAGAGAGAUACCUGAUGGCAAUGGUGGUCAGGAUAUCUUUGUAAGAAUGGCUUCCUCAGAAAUAGAAAUAGUUACUACAGCUCAACCAGUUUCAGAGAAUAAGGAGAGAGCAAACCUUAAAAUCAUCUUACCAGUAGUUUUUCUUGGGGUUCUUCUGAUAGGCUUGGGCUCUACAUGGUUCCUUUUUGCAUGUAGAAAAAGGCGUGAUCCACAAUCAAUGAGGCAAGGCGAAUUCUUACAUGUUGGUGAAAGUCAGAGAGAUUCCAUGGAGCUACCAUUAUUUAGCUUUUCUACAAUAGCUAAAGCUACUGCUAGUUUUUCGCUAGACAAUAAAAUUGGAGAAGGUGGAUUUGGAUCAGUUUAUAAGGGUAUGUUAGAAGAAGGACUCCAGAUUGCAGUUAAACGUUUAUCUAAGACUUCAAACCAAGGGCUUGUUGAGUUCAAGAAUGAAGUCAUUUACAUUUCAAAACUUCAGCACCGAAAUCUUGUUAAACUCCUCGGAUGCAGCAUACAGGGAGACGAAAAUUUGUUGAUCUAUGAGUACAUGCCAAACAGAAGCUUAGACUCAUAUAUAUUCGAUAAGACACAAAGCAUGCUACUUGAUUGGACAAAGCGUAUGAACAUUAUCAAAGGAAUUGCUAGAGGGCUUCUUUAUCUGCAUCAAGAUUCACGCUUAAGAAUCAUCCAUAGAGAUCUUAAAGCUAGCAAUGUUCUACUUGAUCUAGACAUGAACCCUAAGAUAUCAGACUUUGGCAUGGCUAGGAGCAUUGGAGGAGGCGAGACUCAACCAAACACGGAGAGAGUUGUUGGCACAUAUGGUUACAUGUCGCCUGAGGCACUAAAAGGUGUUUUCUCAAUAAAAUCAGAUGUAUUUAGCUUUGGUGUCUUAGUGCUGGAGAUUGUGAGUGGGGAGAGAAAUCGGGGAUUCAUGCAUCCUGACCAUGAUAAUAACCUCAUUGGACAUGCAUGGAGAACACAUAAUGAAGGCAGGUCAAUGGAACUCAUCGAUACAGCUUUAGGCCAAUCAAGCAAUUCAUCAGAAGUUAUAAGAUCAAUUACAGUGGGGUUGUUAUGUGUUCAACAAAAUCCAGAAGAUAGGCCAAACAUGUCAUCGGUUAUUCUAAUGUUGGGAAACGAGGGUGCAUUGCUGAAACCUAAGCAACCAGCAUUUUUCUCAAAAACGAACACACUUGGUGCUGAUUUCUCUUCAAGCACUUGCCCAACAAGUUCAACCAAUGGUUUAACUGUUACAGAGGUAGUUGCUCGAUAGAAAGAACAUGCAUAGUUUCAACCUUCAGUUUUUUUUUUUUUUUUUCUUUUUCUUCUUAUAAUUAGUACAUUCAAAAUAUAAGCUAUUUGUUAUCCCCAUUUCUAAACAUGUCUACUAAAUUGAUUUAAUUGUUGGACAAUACUCUGUUACUUUCUUUUAUCUCCUGUUACUUUCUUUAAAGACAACAUUGAAAUGGAGAAUAAUUUUGUUCUUAAUUAAUCACAUCAUCGUUGA